UUGGUUGUUUUACUUGUUUGUAGUAUAACUCUGGAAAUACGAUUUGCCGGUAGCAUGGAUGGAUUACGUGUUCGAAUUGUAGCAGACGACUGACGGUAGGUCAAGCAGAAAUGUAUCGCAAGGCAGUUUUAUUAAUGUUGGUAACCCACUUGUUGUAUGCAGUAUCAGAUGACAAAGUUGACAAAUUACAUUCUCUAAAACUACCUCCAUGCCAAGCAUGCCGAGGUCUUGUUGCAUCAUUCAAGAAGGGACUGGAACGCACCGCUCGGGGUAAAUUUGAAGGUGGUGAUGCAGCGUGGGAAGAGGAGAAAUUGGGCAGUUAUGCCAGCAGUGAACUGCGUCUUGUGGAGAUACAGGAGGAGCUUUGCUCUGAUGUUGAACGUGGCAAGAACCAGUGUCAUCUGCUUGCUGAAGAUGCAGAGCAGUUAAUUGAAGAAUGGUGGUCUAGCGGACAAAAACAGGAUUUAUACAGCUGGCUGUGUAUUGAGAAACUGGAGUUCUGCUGUCCAGAAAAUCAUUUUGGAAGUGACUGUACACCAUGUCCUGGCUAUCCAGAUAAUAUUUGUGGUAAAAAUGGAAAGUGUAAGGGUGCAGGCACGCGUAAAGGUAAUGGUAAAUGUUUGUGUGAUUCUGGUUAUGCUGGUGAUAACUGUGAUCGAUGUAAUGAAACAAGCUAUGAAGCAUACCGUGAUGACACCAAACUACUUUGCUCUCCUUGCCAUAUGUCCUGUGUUAAUGGCUGUUCCGGAGCAGGUCCUAAAGGAUGUUCUUCAUGUAGAGAAGGGUGGCUGAAGGAUGAAAAAAUGGGCUGCAUUGAUGUAGAUGAGUGUUUGUCCUUAGACAGAGCAUGCCAUAAAAACCAGUUUUGCGUCAACAAUGAGGGAUCCUUUUCCUGUUUAGAUGAAAUGGAGGCACGGCAAAACUUCCACGCUAAACUGACUCGCUACCUGACAUACUUCGGUCUGUGUGUUGCAACCUGCAUUGUACUUCAGAAGAAUACUUUGGUUGCUGGAGCUAUAGGCUUGUCUGUAGCAUUAUAUAUUUCAGUGUCAGAGUACACUCUACGCUCAGCUCCAGCAUCUAGUCCAAUACUCAACAAAGUGUGAUGAUAAGACUGGUAUAUCAGUCAGUGGAGGUUACGUUGGCGGCUUUAUUGUUCAGUUUUAUCAACACUUUUGGGUGAAUAUUUCUAAUAGUCACACUCUUUGUGAUAUACUUUUCAUCUUCCUGGACAUGACAAAGUGGAAAGUACUAUGUAUAUCUUCCCAGGGCACGUAAGGGCAUUCACACAAUGAUUCAGUCAUGUUUAAGUUAUUUCAUUAUAGUUCCUUCAGCACAAGUAUUCAAUGGCUUUGUGUGUGUGUGUGUGUGUGUGUGUGUGUGUGUGUGUGUGUGUGUGUGUGUGUGUGUGUGUGUGUGUGUGUGUGUGUGAUGGGUUCCCAAUGCAAGUUUGUGUGUUUUGCACAGGGAUAUAUUUUUAAAUAGUUAGACAUGUAAGAAAUUUAUGUGCAAAUUUAAUGUUAUAUAUGUUGUUUGUUAGUUUCAGUUUAUUUUCUUAAUUUAUUAUGUUUACGGACCACUGGCAAAGACAUUUGUAUUUUAGUAAUUAUAUUAUUAUGUGACCAUUAAAAUGAGUGCUGUAAUAAACUCUUUUCUGUGAUAGUUGCAGUGUAACCUUCUAUUUAAAACUGGAAAAAAUGUUAAAAUAUUUAACAUUAACUAAAGUACCUAUAUUUCUUUUUCUGUAUAUUGCAGUUAUACUGUUAAAGUUGUUGGAAGAUUUUUAUGUUGAUUCUUAAGUAAUAUGAAUUUGCAUGGAAGAAUGGUCCCAUGGAUUGCACAUUUGUCUACAUCUGCCUUUGUACUUUAAAGCUGAUUUUCUAUGCCAGAACAGAAAGAAAGUGGUAAAUAUGUCUUACUGCAACUGAAAUAUCAGUGUAAUCCAGAUUCAAAACAUUCAUAACUAAUUUAGUUGCUAUUACUUCAGUACUCUCUGUGAAACUGUUGUGGCAGUAUGUGGCUCUUAAUGAAUAUUGUGGUGUGUGCUUCAUUGUUGAGAAGUGAUUUUUUUUUUUGCCUAUUUGCUGUAAAUGUAAAAAGAGAGUAUUACUCACUGGCACAAAAAGUAUGUGUAAAACUUCAGAAAUUCUCACGGGAGAAUUUGCUGUUUACUUUCAGAAUAGUUUUUUACAACAUUUAUUAAAUUUCUAAUACAAACUAUUACUUCCUCAAUUACAAAUCUCUACAGCGUUUUUGAACCUAUAGCUGAUGUGACUGCUUUCACGUAAUCUAUUUGUAACACUGCUGUUUGUGAUUGCUGUAAUCUGUGUAUGGCAAACGAUACUUCAUAAACAAUAGUAUAAUGAA